GUGGAGUGUACACAAUUCAUCUUGGAGGAACAAGCUCUGUCCAGGCUUAUUGUGAUAUGACGACAGACGGGGGAGGCUGGACUGUUAUUCAUAAACGAUUAAAUGGAACUGGUGGUUAUAAUCGAAAAUGGGCGGAGUGUGAAAAUGGAUUCGGAGACAUCCGGAAAGAAUUCUGGUUUGGCAAUAAGUUCACCCAUAUAUUAACUUCAAGUGGAAAGUAUGAGUUAAGAGUAGAUAUCAUUGACAAAAAGAACAAGAAGUGGUAUGCAGUGUACAAAACAUUUGUUGUAGGUGAUGCUAAAUCGAAAUACAAAUUAACGGUUGGUGAUUACUCUGGAAAUGCAGGUGACAAACUAACAUAUCACAACGGAAUGAAAUUCACUACAGUAGACCAGGACAAUGACCCGUAUAGUAGUAGCAACUGUGCUCAGUUACAGAAUGGAUCAUGGUGGUAUAAAAAAUGCUCUAAUUGUGACCUAAGCCGAGGUCAUGGAAACCGAUACAAACCAUAUCGGGGACAUGUGCAAGAUCUAGUAGAAUCAGUUAUGAUGAUCAGAAAGGCAUAACUAAUUUUUUCAAUUACCGCAAUAAAAUACACUUUCGGACGCAUGAAAUUA